AGUCAGCAGCUGUUUUAUGGCUCAAGCACUUUAGCUUGUUAAGAUGUUUCACCUGUCGUGUGACGCACGACGUCUCAGCGUAUGAGCAGUUAAUUUUGCAGUCAUAUCAAAUAGCGGGCCCGUCUCAUCAGCCGUGUGCAACAUGUCGUUAUGUCAUGCAUCUAACCAGGGUUUAGGCUAACGCUACAUUUAACGGUGAGCCAGUGACCGGACGUGUCAUCAUUAUUGUUUAGUGCACCGCCAGUGCGUCAGCCUGACGCUGCUGCGUCGCUCCUGUGCGACACACGGGUGGAGGAGGCUUAAUGUUGUGAUUUGCAGAUGGAAUCGGUGAUUUUAAGGACAAACCCUCCAGGAGUUUAGACACAGGGCUGUUUCUUACAACCUGGCGCAGGGCCUUCACGAUCCAGAGAUGAUGGAUAAUGCUCAUACGAAGACGGUGGAGGAGGUUUUGGGCUUCUUCAGCGUAAAUGAGUCCACAGGUCUGAGCUGCGAGCAGCUGAAGAAGAACAGGGAGAGAUGGGGACCCAAUGAAUUGCCAGCUGAAGAAGGGAAGUCACUCUGGCAACUGGUCCUGGAGCAGUUCGAGGAUCUGUUGGUGCGAAUCUUGCUGCUGGCUGCGUGCAUCUCCUUUACCCUGGCUUGGUUCGAAGAAGGGGUCGGGACAAUCACAGCCUUUGUUGAACCCUUAGUCAUCCUCCUCAUCCUCAUCGCCAAUGCCAUUGUAGGAGUGUGGCAGGAGCGCAACGCAGAGAAUGCCAUUGAGGCCCUGAAGGAGUACGAGCCAGAGAUGGGCAAGGUGUACCGACAGGACAAGAAAAGUGUCCAGAGAGUCAGAGCCCGAGACAUUGUUCCUGGAGACAUCGUGGAAGUCGCUGUCGGUGAUAAGGUCCCAGCUGACAUCAGGCUGACGUCCAUCUGUUCCACCACUCUGAGGGUGGACCAGUCCAUUCUGACCGGGGAGUCUGUGUCAGUGCUCAAACACACAGACCCUGUACCAGAUCCUCGAGCUGUCAACCAGGACAAGAAGAACAUGCUCUUCUCUGGUACCAACAUUGCAGCGGGGCGAGCCAUUGGGGUUGUCGUGGCGACAGGGGUGCAGACAGAGAUUGGGAAAAUCCGAGAUGAGAUGGCCUCCACCGACCCUGAAAGGACCCCGCUACAACAGAAACUUGACCAGUUUGGAGAACAGCUGUCUAAGGUCAUCAGUGUGAUCUGUGUGGCAGUGUGGGCCAUCAAUGUGGGACACUUCAAUGACCCGGUGCAUGGAGGCAGCUGGCUGAGAGGAGCCGUUUACUACUUCAAGAUUGCUGUCGCACUGGCUGUAGCUGCCAUACCAGAAGGCCUCCCAGCAGUCAUCACCACCUGCCUGGCACUGGGAACCAGGAGGAUGGCCAGGAAGAACGCCAUCGUCCGCAGUCUGCCGUCAGUGGAGACGUUGGGUUGUACCUCUGUCAUCUGCUCUGACAAGACAGGAACGCUGACCACUAACCAGAUGUCAGUCUGCAGGAUGUUUGUUGUAGACAGUGUGUCGGGAGAGCGCUGCAGACAGAGCGAGUUCACAGUGACUGGAUCUACUUACGCCCCUGAAGGGGAAGUGUAUAAAGAUGGCUCAGUGGUGAAGUGCAGUCAGUAUGAAGGCCUGGUGGAGAUGGCCUCCAUCUGCGCACUGUGCAAUGACUCAUCACUGGACUACAAUGAGGCAAAGGGUGUAUAUGAGAAGGUGGGGGAGGCAACAGAGACCGCCCUCUGCUGUCUAGUGGAGAAAAUGAAUGUGUUCGACACAGACCUGAAAGGACUGAGCCCUGCUGAGCGAGCUACAGCGUGUUGCUCUGUGAUUAAGCAGCUGAUGCGGAAGGAGCUGACGCUGGAGUUUUCCAGAGACAGGAAGUCCAUGUCUGUCUUCUGUUUGUCCAACAAACUCACCAGGUCUGCCUCUGGAGCCAAGAUGUUUGUCAAGGGAGCUCCAGAGAGCGUGUUGGAGCGGUGCAGUUAUAUCCGGGUCAGCGGCUCUGCUCGCGUUCCAAUGAGUGCGGCAGUUCGAGAGCAGCUCCUGUCCACUCUGCGGGAAUGGGGAUCGGGCCGAGACAUGCUGCGUUGCCUCGCCAUGGCAACCAGGGACACACCCCCUGACAUCCACUCUCUCAAACUGGAGAACUCAGCUGCCUUUGCUGGUUAUGAGACGGACCUGACCUUUGUGGGCUGUGUGGGCAUGUUGGACCCCCCCAGGAAAGAGGUUCUUAGUGCAGUCCGAAUGUGUCGGCAGGCUGGCAUAAGAGUCAUCAUGAUCACAGGUGACAACAAAGGGACGGCCCUGUCCAUCUGUCGCAGGGUGGGCAUCAUCACAGAGCAGGAAGAGGAGCAUGAGGGCGCAGGGCUCAUCGGGGGCCUGACGGGGCGGGAGUUUGAUGAGCUGCCCCCUCACAUGCAACGCCAGGCCUGCAGGACGGUACGCUGCUUCGCCCGGGUGGAGCCGGCGCACAAGAGCCGUAUAGUGGAGUAUCUGCAGAGCUUGAACGACAUCACUGCUAUGACAGGUGAUGGGGUGAACGACGCGCCAGCUUUGAAGAAAGCGGAGAUCGGCAUUGCGAUGGGCAGCGGCACGGCGGUGGCCAAGUCAGCCUCUGAGAUGAUCCUGGCUGAUGACAACUUCUCCACCAUCGUGGCUGCAGUGGAGGAGGGCAGAGCCAUUUACAACAACAUGAAACAGUUCAUCAGAUACCUGAUAUCGUCCAACAUAGGAGAGGUGGUCUGUAUUUUCUUGACAGCCGCACUGGGCAUGCCUGAAGCGCUGAUCCCAGUCCAGCUGCUAUGGGUCAACUUGGUCACUGACGGUUUCCCAGCAACAGCUCUGGGCUUCAACCCUCCAGACCUGGACAUCAUGUCCCGCCCUCCCCGCUCCCCCAAAGAGCCUCUGAUCUCCAGUUGGUUGUUCUGUCGCUACCUCAUCAUCGGAUGUUAUGUGGGAGCAGCCACUGUCGGAGCUGCUGCCUGGUGGUUUAUGGCAGCCCACGACGGACCCAAACUUUCCUUCUAUCAACUGUCUCACUACCUGCAGUGCCGUGAAGGCCAUGUCGAGUUUUCUGGUGUGCAGUGUUCAGUCUUUGAGUCCCCUUAUCCCAUGACUAUGGCCCUGUCCGUGCUGGUUACCAUAGAGAUGUGUAACGCCUUAAACAGUCUUUCAGAGAACCAGUCUCUGCUGAAAAUGCCUCCCUGGUCAAACCCCUGGCUGGUGGGGGCCAUCUGUCUGUCCAUGGCCCUACACUUCCUCAUUCUAUAUGUAGACCCACUGCCGGUGAUUUUCCAGAUACGCCCUCUGUCGUGGCCUCAGUGGGUGGUGGUGUUGAAGAUGUCACUUCCUGUCAUCUUGAUGGACGAGGCUCUGAAGUUCCUGGCCCGCAACUACAUCGAGCCGGGAAGCCAGAUCCAGUCACUGGAGGAGGAAGAGGAGCUGCAGAGGACAGGGGCUAGUGUGGGACUGGUCGGUGCCAUGAUGACAAGGCUGCGUCUGACAGUUAAGGGUGUGUCCUGGUCGUUUGUCCUGAUCUCUGCACCACUGCUGAUCUGGAUCUUCAGUCUGGACUCUGACAUCACCAACAUCUUCUGGGAGUGAUAGGAGAGAGAGAGGAUCGGUGGACUGCAGUCUGUGGAAGCAGUGAAAAAAUUGAAAGAAGAAAGAGAAAAGCAAAAAACUGGUGGACUAAAAUGCAUAGGACUGGGGGAUGUUGAUGAUGUUGAUGUGUAAGGGUAAGGCAAGGUGAGAGAGGAAAAGAGAUGCUAAAAUACAAGAAUGGAUGUCGAUUAGCCAACAGACAAUCAGAGAACAACAAAUAAGAAAGGCAGUUUUAGACCAUUUCUCCUUCAAUACUAAAAGGUGCUAUGUGUCGCUCAUUUGUAUCCUGUAGCUUAUUACACUGUACUUGUAUGAUCCUUCCCUUUUCACAGAUCUACAGAUGUUGAUGUUGGUCAGUUUGUUGGUCCGGAGUUAAAUACGUCUCUGACAAGAUACCGCUGAAGCUCUACUUGAUGCUAACAUAGCAUUCUCACCUGCUAACCUUUCUAACAACACUAAAGCUGAUGAUACACAGGGCAACUUUUUGAGCAAUCGUGCAGGGCAACGUUGUCGUCAAUGGUAAUGAGUUCAAAACAUAGUCGGACUUGCCACUAGCAACAUUGCCCAGCAACAUUGCUCAAAAAGUUGCCCCGUGUAUCAUCAGCUUAAAGGUUACAUGAUAAACAUUAGCAUGUUAGCAUGCUAUAUUCCGUUAUUGUAGCUGUAGCAGUUAACAUUUGGAUCUCAACUGUUCUGGUUUGGCACAGGAUACAUUUAUUUUCCAAAGAGACAUUUCCCUCUCAGAUUGUUGACUUUUUCAGAGACCAGGAUCAGGUUGCACCAGCUAUUGAUAAAAACCUUCAAUAGUUUUGCGUGUAAUGUCCUUCUUAAGUUUUUAGUAAUACUAGCUAGCUUUAAACUAGUUGCUUCCUAAAUCAGGUUGCACCACUGGAAAUGCCAUAAAUAGUAAAGUAUUUAGUAAGAACUACUUUUUGUAGUGUAGCUCAUUUGUCUCCACUUGGUAAAGACUCUGUCCCACAUUUAAUGCGUUCACAUGCGUCACGGCUUGUUGAUGAUUUAUUCAUGGUAGAAAGCCACACAUAGCACCCUUUAGAUGAAAAUGAGUGGUGCAGGAUCAAACACACAUAAACCAACAUUACAUCCACACAGCAGUUCACCGGUAACAAUUGGUGGUAAGUAACAGGUGACGAGGCCAGAUAACUAGAUGUACAGUAGAAUCCCCCAGAUGGCCACUGCAACAGUCUUUAUGCUGCAAUACAAAACUAUUCUGUCACAUUACUGUUAGAUCUUUCUUGCAGAUACUGUAAACAAGCAUUUCAGCUGUGCAGGCAGACUGUUAGCAGACCGGGACCGAGUGCACGUCACACAGUUCUGACAUGUUUCAAAGCUGAAGAUCAGCACACGUCUGUACUGUGACCAUCUGACUCUGCAAAUACACGUGUAAUCCUUCUGUCUGGGGGGCGAUGCGUACAGCUGGGGGUCUGCAGGGUUCACAUGUACAGUUCUUCAUAGCAUUUGAGUCCCUUAGACGUUCCCUCUGAUCGAGCUACAGUUCAGCUUCCUUCGUCGUCUGUCCUGUUGAUUGUUACUGACACUGAAAGCUCUCCAGCUUGACUUGGUCAGGCUUCUGCUGCUUCUUUAGACAUGCUGAAGCUUUAUAGUAUAACCGAAGCCUGCACACCAGGAGGAAUGAGUUCAGACUGUUUGAACAGUUUAGACAUGUUGUUAUAUUAUUUAAAUUCAUGGUUAAACGGUAGAGGUUGUGUGUACUUCCAGGUGCAGUCAGCAUCUAAAUUAUGUGACUGCUACAUGUAUGUAAGCUAAAUGGAUUCACGUUUCUUUAUUUUAGGGCUUUAAAUAAACUGUAUUAGUUAAUUUCUCUCACUACAUAAGUCCGGCUCAGCACACUAUUGUUUCUUUUAGUUGCUUCUUCUUUCUCCCCAUGCCAUGUUUACCAAAUAAUCUGCCUCUGUUUAGUUUAAAUGCUUUCACAUUCAGGAUUACACUUCGACAACCAGUGCUUUUAGCAAAGCUGUAAUACACAGAUUCCAAAUGAUCUCUGACAGUAAGCCUGACAGUGAGCAAGUGUUUCUUUUAAAUGGGUUUUUUGUGCGGGUCAGUGACCGGUGAUGCCAUUCUGACAUCUCACUCUGUUUGCCAUUGAACACUUUUUUUAUUUUAUUUAUGUAGUUAGGGGUCCAAGCAGUGAGCUUAUAGUAUCAGAGUAUAGUGACAGAGUAUUAGGGCCACCGUGUGAGAUUUAGAAGAAAAAAAGUCAAAAUAUUUGGAGAUUUUGAGAUGAAGUCAUAUUUUUAUGAGGGAAAAAAAAAGCCAUGACAUGAAGAGACAAAAGUCACUAUAUGUAGAGCGCCUGUUUAUGCUUGCAAAAGGUUCGUGUUUGGUCACUUUGUUCUGAGUUAGCAGAGCAUUUACACUGUGGAUUCUGGCUGCCUGACUCCUAAAAUCUGAACUUUGCUCUUGUAAUAUUAAAAUGUUUUUGUGUAAAAUUA